UUUACACUUCCUAACCCACCCCAAAACCACACGCCUUUCUCACUCUACACCCCAAAGUUUCAGACUUUCUUGAGAGAGACAGGCAAAGAGAGAAUCAAACAAUCGAAGAAAUGGCUGAUCAGGAACGAGGACCACCAGAAAAACCCAGACCCAACAAUUACAGUUAUAACUCCAACCAGUACUACGUGGGAACAUCCGAAGCCCAAUGGACGUCGUGGCUGAUUCCGAUGUUUGUGGUGGCCAAUAUUGUUGUCUUCAUCGUCGCCAUGAUCAUCAACAACUGCCCAAAACACAAUCUUGGUUUCGAUGGAAAGUGCGUGGCUAAGUUUCUUGGUCGGCUUUCGUUCCAGCCUCUCAAGGAGAACCCUCUGUUUGGUCCCUCUUCUAAGACAUUGAAAAAAUUGGGAGCUCUUGAAUGGUUCAAGGUUGUACAUGGGCAUCAAGGAUGGAGACUUUUCACAUGUAUGUGGUUGCACGCCGGUGUCAUCCAUUUGCUUGUAAACAUGCUGAGCUUGAUCUUUAUUGGCAUCCGUCUUGAACAGCAAUUUGGAUUCGUACGUGUGGGGAUAAUCUACCUGUUGUCAGGAUUUGGUGGAAGCAUAUUAUUUGCCCUUUUCAUUCAGAGUAAUAAUAUUUCUGUUGGAGCUUCUGGCGCUUUGUUUGGACUUCUCGGAGCUAUGUUAUCAGAGCUUAUCACUAACUGGAGCAUAUACACCAAUAAGGCUGCGGCUCUAUUAACGCUCAUAGUCAUUAUCGCCAUUAACUUAGCAGUUGGAAUUCUUCCUCAUGUUGGCAACUUCGCCCACAUUGGAGGAUUCUUGACCGGGUUUCUCCUUGGCUUUAUUUUUCUACUUCGUCCCCAGUUUGGAUGGAUAGAGUCUCGGAAUCUUCCAGCCAACACUCGUGUCAAAUCUAAGCACAAGGGUUACCAAUAUGUUCUUGUGGUGGUUGCCUCUGCCUUACUGAUUGCCGGAUUAACUACAGGAUUGGUGUUUCUGUUCAAAGGAGAGAACUUAAACAAGCACUGCGGCUGGUGCCAUUACCUAAGCUGUGUGCCAACGUCAAAAUGGAGAUGCUGGAACUGAGGCGAGGAGUCUCGUCCACUUUGUCUCCAACUCCAUCUCAUUUCCUAUUGUUUUCUUUGUAUGAUAUGUUUUUCUUUCUUUCAAUGGGAGCUUAGUCACUGAUGUACAUGGCGUAGAACGACAGAUGAGAUAUUCUAGCUUGCUUUGGAACAUGGAGAUAGUAAUGUAUAUAUGAUACAGAUUAUGGACGAUGUAUACAUGAGAUUUGUUUUUACAGAGUGGAUUUUCUCCUCCCA